CGCGCUACGGCACGCGUACACAGACGUAGGAGCAUAUAAAAUCUCCCGCCUCCCCAUCCAUUCUCCUCGUCCGUCGUGCACGACAACACACACAAUCACCAGUUGCAGUUGCGCCCGUUCUAGUGCCUGCCUGUCCCUUGCUCGGUUUCCGCUUAUUCUCAUGGCGUCCAUCAUGCUGCUGCUGUCGGAGCUGCUGGGCGGGGAGAGCGCCAGCGUGCUGGCGGCAGAACGCUACAUGGGCGGCCAACAGAGCCUGCGGGAGCUCCGGUCCGCCGCCGUGACUGGGCCGGCGGCGGCAGCGGCCAACAAGCAGGACGAACAACGUCCGGAGGCCGCCGCCGCCGGCACCGCACGGUGCGAGUGCCAGGAGACGAGGAAUAAUGAGGAGUCGUUGGGGGAUCUCGCGGUGUCCAGGGUAGCGGUCGACCUUAUUAUGUGGCCAUGAGGCUUCCUUUUUCUUUUUUCCUGUGUGGGUUGCGCAACACCGAUCUUGCUCUGCUGAUUGCUUUCUGAUUCUUUCUAUUCAU